AACAGAAGUGAUGCUUUGAGUUUUCCGAGACAGCCAAGGUCGGACACAGCAGAGCACAGAGAGCGACAGCCAAGAUAAUGAAUACUAUCACUACCCAGCCCAGUGUAAUCACUACGCAGACAGUGUCGGUGGAACCGGGAUCCAGAUGGAUGACUGACAUGUGUGACUGCUGUGAUGACUGCGGGGUCUGUUGCUGUGCAUUGUGGUGCUUCCCCUGCAUGAUGUGCAAUACAGUCAGUGAAUUUGGAGAAUGUAUGUGUCUCCCAAUAUUGGACCCCUCGUGCAUGGGCUACGUGGGCUGCAGCGCUGUCUGCCCUCCUAUAACCCUGGCCAUGAGGGCAGCCGUCCGCGAGAGAUACAAGAUAAGGGGGUCAAUCUGUGAUGACUGUGUCCGCUCUUGCUGCUGUUACUCCUGUACCUGGUGUCAGAUGGCUCGGGAAAUUAAGAGGAGGGGAAACUGGUCUGUUGUGACAACUGCUCAAACCACCGUUGUAAACAGCACACCAAUGUACCCCCACAAUUCUGACUACUCUCCGCUUGUUGAGUACUAAAUCAACGUAACGGGUAUAGUUUAGAUUUACUAUACCCGUUACGUUGAGUCUGUCAUUAGAUCACUGCCUUCAUUCCACGUUUACAUACAGAGCGUAGUUUAGAUUUACUUGCUUUACCCAUUACAUUUUUAAAUGUGUAUCCAUAUUUCACCAAUCGCACACUCACUGGACUGUCGCAUGUUACACACUGACCAAACAUGUCAAAGAAUAAAGUUAUAUCUUUUUUAUAAAUUCAUGCUGGAUAGAAAACCAAGAGUGAUUGAUUUUGUAUAGCUUAAUAGGCCAAUAAAUCAGUUUUAUAAUCCUUU